CAUGCCAUGUUGAAUGAUAUCUCCAGCGAUUCUUCGAGUAAUUUCAAUUUUAAUUUAUCUUCGUCUUUGUCUCAAACAAAAUUGAAAUCUUUACUUAAUUCUAAUAAAUCCAAUUCAAAUGAGUGCCAACCUUUGACUUCGUUACAUGAAAGUGUCGGUGAUGACAAGUGUUUAGAUUCCAAAGAUUUAUUACUGUCCGUGUCAACAAAUGGUGCUGAAAAUUUAAGUUGGAAAUUCUUCGAACAAGUUGAUACUCUUGAUCAUCAGCUGAGAAAUGAUGAGACUUCUCCCCCGGUGCUAUUGAAUGGUGGAAUUUUAAUAUCGUCCAAUGUCAAUUCAUUAUCUUCUCAAUCGUCAUCAUCAUCAUCAGCA